AUGCACAUGCACCUGUGUUCGCAUGAGGACCCGCACACGAUGCACCCGACCGAUGUGCAUGAAGACCAUUGGCCUCACAACGACUCGUUGUGGGCAGUGCGUGGCAGAAGGGUGGGUGUGGCGCUGCUCAUGGUGACGAUCUUGGCGAUGGCUACCUUCGCCAGAGUCGAUGUCCUUCGAUGGCACCAGGACCUGGCUUCUCUCAUGAGGAAGUACCAGAAUUUGGAUACAUGGUUCUUCAACGGGGAGGCACCCAAAGGGGGUGCCGCCACCUCCGCGGGCUUCUCCAAAGCGCCCUCCGAGAACAUGCACGACGGCAAUUUGUGUGGAGAUGACGAGGAGCUUUUUGAGGACUUGUGCUAUUUCAAGUGCUCUUUGCUGACCAAAGGCUCCAACCCCAUCCGCACCAGUGCCUUCACAUGUUGCGAAGCACAGCCUUGUGGCUUUGACAACACCAUUUUCAACAUGAAUGCGCCGUGUGCUGGCUUUGACGUGGCUGGGAACCUCAACGGCCAGAAGGGCGCCUGCCCGCACACAGUGGGCACAUGCCUGGAGGAUGAAGAACUUCUCCUGGGAAUGUGCUACAAGAAGUGCUCGUUGCUCACACAAGGCGCCUUUACUCACCGAGUCGCGGCAACGACCUGCUGUUCACAGACGGGCUUGGCUUGUCUAAAUCCCAUGAACCUCAGGACGGAUUUCUUGGCCUUCCCGGUGGGCGGGGGCAAGGGUGAUGGGCUGGCGGCGACACCAAGCAAGCCUCACAAGCCAAUGAAGGCGCUGACCGAGAAGACCAACACCACACAGGACACUACGGCUGCAGUGUGA